GCGGCAGGAGGAGGCAUGGCGACCUCCGAGACCCCCCCGCAGCCUCCGCAGGGAGAGCUCCCGCUGCAGGAGGAGGAGGCCGCGACGCCCCACGACCGUCUCAUCACGACGCAGCCGACGAUCUCCACGUGGACGGACGGCCGCACCACCACCACCUCCGCCGCCAUGUCGCGCCCACGCUUUUCCUGCAAGCCCAGCGACAUCAAGCAGGCCAUCCGCAACAACCUGCUGCCCAUCCUCACCAUCUCGGGCGUCACGGGAGGCAUCGUCCUCGGCAUUAUCCUCAGCACAAGACAAGCAUCGUGAAGCCUGUCCUGGAGCCCAAUGAUUCAAUGCUCCCUAAGGAGGAGUGGGACAUCAAGAUGGAACACUCACGCGCCCUCAACAUCAUGGGCCUUGUGAGCUUUGCCACAGUGCUUGGUCUUGCCCUCUCAAAGCUCGGCCCCAAGGGGAAGCCUCUCCUGGACGUGUUCCACUCACUCUCCGAUGCCUCCAUGGUCAUCACCUCUUGGCUUAUUUGGAUCUCACCUAUUGGUAUCCUCUUCCUUGUGGCUUCCAUGAUGAUUGAGAUGGAAGACUUUAGUGUCAUGCUUGGUCAACUUGGUCUCUACUUCGGAACAGUUGUCUUGGGCAUUUUCAUUCACGGCUUGAUUAUCCUACCCACCAUCUACACACUGCUCACAAGAAGGCUGCCCUUCCGCUUCCUGGCCAAUAUGACUCAAGCCUACAUUACAGCCUUUGCAACUGCAUCCAGUUCAGGAACCCUGCCUGUGACCUUCCAGUGUCUUGAGGAGAAGAACAAGAUUGACACCCGUGUGACCCGAUUUGUCAUUCCCAUCGGAGCCACCAUCAACAUGGAUGGUACAGCACUGUACGAGGCAGUGGCUGCCAUUUUCAUUGCCCAAGUCAGAGGCAUGGCACUCACAAUUGGCCAGAUUGUUGCUAUCAGUAUCACAGCCACUGCAGCAGCUAUUGGAGCGGCUGGUAUCCCACAGGCUGGUUUAGUUACCAUGGUGAUGGUGCUUGAUGUUGUAGGUCUCCCAGCUGAAGACAUCACUCUUAUCAUUGCUGUUGAUUGGUUACUGGACCGAUUCCGUACCUUGAUGAAUGUUCUUGGAGACAGCAUUGGUGCUGGAAUUGUGUAUGAACUGAGCAAAAAGGAACUAGAGAAAAUGGGAAAUGUCAACGCAAAUGGAGAUGUGGAAAGGCCAUCCAACGAAAUUGCUAUGGACACAGUAGAGUCAAGCAAAAUGUGAGAUUUUGUGCAUGCAAAUUCCCAGGUAGAUAUAACAUGACCUAGCUCUGCCAUUCCUCUCACCUCCAGACUACAGGACAAUCCCUGUAGCCCACCAAAGGAGUCUACACAGAGCUAGACAAAAUCAACAUCUUCCCAACAUGAAACACUUUUCUAGACUGGUGUUCCAAAGAAGGUGCACAAUGACCCCAAAAUACAAGAGAAGGUUCAGAGUGCCCUCUCUUGGCUCUCCACAAAAUUCAGGUACCCUUUUUAGGGAGCCACACUUCAUAAUGUAUAGUUCAGGUUUUGUAAUAUAGGAGGCAAAAUGCCCUUGGGUUUAUAUCUGAAUAAUGAUUGCAGUAUCUAAGACUUCCAUAUUGUAUAAUUAUAAGAUUUCAACAACAAAUUAUUCUUAGAUAGGAUUACUGUUAAUUUGUUUGAUUACAUGUGGUACAUGAAAAGAGGAUUCAGUAGUUGUUUUUUUCCUAAUUACUGCAUUAUUCAUGGCCAGAUUGUUGUGCAGUAUUGCCAGUGAUUUUUUUUUUUUUUUUUUUUUUUAAUUAAUAUGGUGCUUUAUUCACAGGUUUUUGUAUGUUAUUUCCCAUCACACAACCAUUUUUGUAAAGUUCAUUUUACGUUUACUUACAUUCUCCACAAUCAUUUAUAUGUAUGAUUUCAUAUGAUCUGUCAGUUAUUGUCUGUGUCCACAGUAAUGUCUUCAGACAUUACAUUGAUUAAUUUGUGUAUGUUUUUCAGUCACUGGCAAGUGAAAUCAUAUCAUUGUUUUAGCACAAAACCAGAGCACAACUGUUGUACAUAAAGUAAGUGCAUUUAUUGUACAUCAAAUGACAAUAUUGAUAGAGAUAGUAUUUGGUAUUGUAUAGAGCAGUUUUGUAAUCGUUGUCUUGUUGGAAAGUCUACAGAUAUAUAUUUGUUGUAAAGUAGUGGAGUCGACCUCCAUGGCUGUCUGUGUUGAUGUCAGUUGUCAAAACAUAAUUUCCUUUUUCAAUUCAAAUGUGUAGUUAUGAGAAAAUUUUCUUUUUUUCAUGUAAUUUCAGGGUUAAAGAUCUUUGAAAAAUAGUUCAUUCAUAAAGGAAUAAGUUUAUAUAGUUUUUUUUUUUUUUUUUUUGAGACUGAAGUAGGGCAUCUUUUAAAAGCCAUUGUUCUGCCUGCAUUAUGAAUAAAGUCUGCUUUAUUUUCUGUUAUUUUCAUAUUAUAUGUUGCUAAAAACAAGUAUUCAUCAAAGAAUUUAAACCAUCUCUUUCAUUACCCAAAAAAUAUCAAAUCAAAUAUGGAACACAAGCAGUGUUUAAACCUUUCCUUUUGCAAAAAGAAAUAAAAAAGAUGGAAAAUCAAAGGAUACAAAGAAUAAUUUGUACAUUGGUUUUGCAGAAAUGGCUCACCCAAUGCUUUAGUUGAUGACAUCCACUGUAAAUUUGCAGUGAAAUGUACAAAACUGUAUUUUAGUUUUUCCUUCCCUGGGGACAUUGCCAUUGUAUAUUACCAUAGCUUACUAUAUUGUAAUAUUCUUGAUGGUAAUUUAUGAUGGAACUAUCCAAAGAUUUCCUUAUAUACAAUUUGCGUGUGUGUGUGUGUGCACGCGCGCGCGCACUACAUGCAUAUGAUUUCCUCAUUUCUAUGCAUGUGUGUAUUUAUGCUGUUAUAGCUGUAUACGUGAUGCUCAUACACAGACAACAAAAUGUAAAAAUAUAAAUUCACAGAGGAAAAAAAAAAACAAAGUGGUAAAUUGGAACUAGCAAUAAUAUCACAAAAUCCCUUAUUGUUGUAAUUGAAGAAAAUAUUAUAUUUAAUCAUAAUAUUAUUAAUAUCUUUGCUGAUAAUCAAGUUUCUCUAUUUAACUUCAAGAUUUCUCUUGUCUUGUGGAAACUCAAACAACUAGACUAAGUUUUCCUGUAAAUAGCGCCAUAAUUGUGGAUAGCAAGCAUUUAUAAGGGGCAAUCCAUUGUUUGAAAAACAUUUGUCCUUUAAAUCAACCAUUUCCUGUUAUCAUGUCAGAAGGCGAAACAAAAGAGAUGAAAUACAAUGAACUUGCAAAAGGGAUUUCUUUUUUUUUUUUUAUCCUGUCUUAUUGAUAGAAAUUUUAGAUUAUUGUUUCCUCACUAAGAUAUGAAAAGAAUUACAGCAUCAUUCUUAUAUUUGUUGUUUUUUUUGGAACUGCAGACAGUUGAAGUAGAUCCUUUGUCUCAUUUUGUGCAACACUUUGAUUUUGAAAUUUCGAUAAUUUGAUAAUAUUUCAAAUCAUUAAUUUCUCAUGCAGCCCAAAAUAUGAUUUUUAUCAAUAUGAUGAUUUGAUGUCAUAGCAUUUUAUUUUUCAUGAGGAGAAAUAAUAUUCAUUAAUAUUUCCUUUAAUACUACUUUCUCCAUAACUUUUGAAAUAUAAUUUUUUACUUAUUUGACUUGAUAGAGUAGAAUGCAUGAUGUAAGGUUACCAGAAUGAAUGGAAUAUUCUUCAAAUCAUGUAAAGCAUAAUUUAAUCCUAGCGGACCAAAUAUCUCAGACUAUGAUAGUUGAAGCUGAUACUAGAUAAAUGGUGUGGAAAAUGAUAGACGACAGUGCUUUUGUUCGCAAAGUAAAGUGUGAACUAGCUUAAGUACUUUAAUAAGAUAUUGAGGGCCAGUAUGAAGACAAAAGACCCAUUUGAUGUGCAAAUAUAACAAAAAUGAUGAUAAUAAUUUUCUUUCAAAUCAGCUGUAUCUUAAGCUCAAACUGCAGUGUAAGUAAUAAAUUUACAAUGUAAGAAA